AUGUCGUUCGACCAGAAGGAAAUGUUCAGUCUCAUGUACAAACUAGCCCGUCUAACAGGACCGGAUACGCGCGUCGAAUACGAUGCGAUGGGUGCGGUAAACGUGCCGCUGGACCGCAUGUUUGGACCACAGACAAUGCGUGCAGCUAUGAAUUUUCCAAUUGGUGGCAUGGAAGAGCUGAUGCCGCGUCCCAUUAUUGUAGCCAUGGGUAUAUUGAAAAAAGCCGGCGCUGAGGUAAACAGGGAUUUCGGAUUGGAAGUCAAAAUCUGUGAGGCGAUUUUAAAAGCUACUGAUGAAGUUAUAUCCGGCAAGUUAUAUGAUGAGCAUCACUUCCCAUUGGUCAUCUGGCAGGCAGGCUCGGGCAAGUCAACCAACAUGAAUGUUAACGAGGUGAUCAGUAAUCGGGCCAUUGAAAUAAUGGGUGGUCAGGUGGGCAGCAAGGAUCCAGUAGAUCCGAUCCUGCAUGUCAAUAUGUCUCAAAGUUCCAAUGACUGCUUUUCUUCGGCCAUUAAUAUUGCCGUGGCCAUGCAGCUAAAGGAGAAGUUAUAUCCAUCACUACGGCUGAUUAUUCAGGCCUUAGAAGAGAAGGAGGAUGAAUGGAAGGCUAUUGUCAAGACCGGGCGCGCAAAUCUCAUGGAUGCAGGGCCAUUGACACUAGGCCAAGAGUUUAGCGGCUACAAGCAAAUGAUGGCCAACUGCAACACAAGACUGUAUUCAUCAAUGAAGCGACUGUACCAGCUGUCUCUUGGUGGCGCUACCGUGGGUACAGGUCUAAUGGGCAACGAUGAUUUUGGGCCUCAAUGUGCCAAGCGUAUUGCGGAUAUCACCGGCUUGCCAUUCGUGCCUGCACCCAAUUUAUUUGAGGCACUCAGCUCACGGGAUGCCUUGGUCGAGGUGCAUGGCGAGCUCAAUUCUAUAGCUGUCAGCACCAUGAAGAUAGCAAAUGACAUAAGAUUUUUGGGUUCCGGACCACGCUGCGGCUUGGGGGAGUUAAUUUUACCGGAGAACGAACCGGGAAGCUCGAUAAUGCCGGGCAAAAUUAAUCCCACACAGUGCGAGGCAAUCACAAUGAUAUGUGCCCAGGUAAUGGGCAACCAGGUGGCUGUGACCAUCGGUGGCUCCAAUGGACACUUUGAGUUAAAUGCCUUCAUGCCACUUAUCGCUUCAAAUGUGCUACGUUCCAUUGCAUUGCUUAGCGAUGGCCUCAGGGCAUUCACCACCAACUGCUUACAAGGCACCAAGGCAAAUAUAGACAAAAUAAAUAAAGCGUUGAACGAAUCCCUCAUGCUGGCAGCCGCACUUAAUCCUUACAUUGGCUACGACAGAGCAUCGGAAAUAGCCAACGCUGCAUACACCAAUGGAACCACUCUGAAGCAAGAGGCCUUUAAAAAGGGCAUCUCCAGCACCGACUUUGAUUCGUGGGUCCAGGUUAAUAAUAUGUUGGGACCCAAUUAAAAAUUACCACACGUAGCUAAAUAUUCGUAUGAAUCAAUAAAGUACAUUCUUAAUAUAUUUA